CUAAAACGUUAGUGUCAUCAUGAUUUUGCAUCAAAUUCUGCGACUUUCUUCCAUUUUCCGCUCUGCUGUUUCCGUUCACUUGCGCAGAAACAUAGGGCUUUCUGCUAUUGCCUUUAAUAAGGCAAAAGAGCUCGAUCCAGUUCAGAGGCUCUUCUUGGACAAGAUCAGAGAAUACAACACAAAGAGCAAGCAAACUGGAGGACCUGUUGAUGCAGGUGCUGAAUUUCAGAAAGACCUGAAUGAAUCCCUUGCUAGACUUCAACGGGCAUAUGGUGAAGGAGAUCUAACCAAGUUUCCAGAAUUUAAAUUUGAGGAGCCCAACUUUGAGGAGACUCCAAAGUGAUACCUGCAGGUUGUACACCCAACAGCAGUGUACACCAGUGGAGUUGCUGAACAUGGCAGCAGUUGUAACUUAAUAAACAUACCAUUUCAGUUUGACUUCA